AUGCAGAUCUUCGUCAAGACGCUGACCGGCAAGACCAUCACGCUCGAGGUCGAGAGCAGCGACACCAUCGACAACGUCAAGGCCAAGAUCCAGGACAAGGAGGGCAUUCCUCCAGAUCAGCAAAGGCUAAUUUUUGCCGGAAAGCAGUUGGAAGAUGGGCGAACAUUAGCUGAUUACAACAUUCAGAAAGAGUCGACGCUCCAUUUGGUCCUGAGGCUUAGGGGUGGAACUAUGAUCAAGGUGAAGACACUUACUGGGAAGGAAAUUGAGAUUGAUAUUGAGCCCACUGACACAAUCGACAGAAUCAAGGAACGUGUUGAGGAGAAAGAGGGUAUUCCACCUGUUCAACAGAGGCUCAUCUAUGCUGGGAAGCAACUCGCUGAUGACAAAACUGCUAAGGACUACAACAUCGAAGGUGGUUCAGUGCUCCAUCUUGUGCUUGCUCUGAGGGGCGGUCAGUAG